AUGGAUGUGACGGAUAUCUCCAAAUUGGGCGAGGUGGCGAUGGAUGUCGUUAAAUUCAACCAUAGAAAUACUAGAUGGCUCAGACUGUUGUCACAGCCAACAGGACGGGGUCGUGGACUGGAGGUUCCUAAGCGUCUGCUCCCUUCAGAUGACAGUCUGGAGAAAAGGUCUUCGGAUGUGGAGAGGAAGACUCGGGAUGCCGUUUCGGUAUUUCUGCCUGAGUUCCAAUGCAGAAGAUUUCCUGGCAAGGACCAUUUCCAGAUUCUCGGUUUUGUUGCCAAGGGGUCCUUUGGACCCAUCUUGAAAGUAAAGGACAAGAAUAAGGACAAAAUCUAUGCAGUUAAGGUUAUACCAAAGUCUGAGAUCUGGAAGCAUGGAGCUCUGGAGCAGUCAAAGGAGGAAGUCAUAAUUCAGCGGCAGCUCAAACAUCCAUUCAUCCACAACCUGCAGGACUGCUGGCAGACACAACGCCAUCUCUUCAUUAUGUGCGACUACUGCGACUCCGGAGAUCUGUACACAUACUGGGAACUUAAAGGCCAGUUUGGAGAAGAUGAGAUUCGGGUCUUUGCGGCAGAGCUAGGCAGUGCACUGGGAUUCCUACAUGACUGUGGGAUUAUACACAGAGAUGUAAAGAUGGAAAACAUCCUCUUGAGUGACCAAGGUCAUCUUCGGUUGGCUGAUUUUGGACUCUCUCGCCGCCUCACACGAGGGGGAAGAGCAUUUUCAGUAUGUGGGACUAUCCAAUACAUGGCUCCUGAGGUCCUAAGUGGUGGUCCAUACAACCAUGCAGCUGACUGGUGGUCCCUCGGCAUUAUGCUGUUCUCACUGGUGGCUGGAAAGUUUCCAGUUCCUCCAGAGUCAGACCACUGUACCAUGUCGCGGAAGGUCAAAGAAUUCCCUUAUGUCAUCCCAAAGACCUUCAGCCCUGCACUGACCCUGCUGCUCAGCGAGCUGCUGUGCAAGAAUCCAGCAAACCGUCUCCGUAACCUGGAGCGCUUCAAAAGGCAGACCUUCUUCAGUGGCACUUCCUUUGACUCUCAGAUACUCCAGAAGACACCUGUCGGAUUUAUUCUUGAACUGAAGAGUCAUCCAGAUCGGGUCGCUAAAGCAAUGAGGGGCCUCUCGGAGGACUACUUUCGCAACUUUGACUGUGAUAAAAUCCUGAAUUCUCCCACCAGCCCCCCUGACUUGUCCCCUACCUUGGCCAACAUUGAUUCAAACCAAGCUACAGCACAGACUUGUAAAGCGUGAGACAGUUUUUUAACACACUAAACA